AUGCACUGCCAGGCACUCGCCGGCAAUAAGAACAGAGGUUUUAAACAGGAGUUUGAGGAUCUUAAUGAAGUUGGCAAAGACCUCUCUACCAGAGUUGGGGAAUUGGAGGCUAACAGAGUAAAGAACAGAUACCCCUACAUUUUGCCAUAUGACCACUGUCGGGUGAGGCUAUCCAUCCAGAACUCCCAUCCACACACUGACUACAUCAAUGCAAAUUAUGUGCCUGGUGGAGGAACAGAAAGAGACUUCAUCUGCACUCAGGGUCCGCUGUACAACACCAUGGCUGACUUCUGGAGGAUGGUGUGGGAGCAAAACGUCAGGAUAGUCGUCAUGGUGACAGCUCUGAAACAGAAGGACAUAGUGAGAAAAGAUACAUUUAGUCUGUGUGCAUGCCUGUUGCAUGUGCUUUGUGAAAAGUACUGGCCUCCGGAACGAGGGACAGUUUAUCAUGGACUGAUCCAAGUGACGACAGUGACCUGCAAACAAGGUCCAGACUAUUUUAUCACCACUAUUAACCUCAGACAGAGAGACUGUCCAACAGACAGGAUAAUCACACACUACUACUACCCUGCCUGGCCAGAUCGGGGCAUCCCCAAAAAAGUGUCCUCACUCUGUGCCUUCACUGAGCAUGUGCGGCAACAUUUGAAGGCCAUUCCACGCCUGGGGCCAGCUGUGGUGCACUGCAGUGCAGGUGUUGGCCGAUCUGGGACAUUUGUAGCACUGUUGUGGCUGAUGCAGCUGUGUGCGAGGGGCAUCCGGCCUGAUGUCAGAGCUGCUGUGGAGGACCUACGGCUACAUCGAAUGUGGAUGGUCCAGAAUCUGGAGCAGUACAUAUUUAUUCAUCAGUGUCUUCAUCACUGGCUCAGCGGAGGAGCCUCAGCAUGCAGCCCCCAGACUCAGGGUGCCACUUCAAACAUUAACCACGCUUUGGAUGGGCCUCACAGCUCCUCAGGACCCAGAGACCGAACGGGGAGGAGGAGACAUCACCAUCACAGACAGAAACCUCCAUCAGACCAACCGCAGAACACAAUGCAGAAGAUUUUACACCCUGGAAACCUGCUGAGGAGGUUGCUGCCCUCCUCAUCAGUUUAA